UAGCAAUGAGUAAAACGCGAGACACCGACCGCGCCACACAGUUCCUCACCUGUUUCCUUACAAACCCACACUAUGGCAGCCUCAUUAAUGCAGAUGGCCAUGCUGAAGUGUGGACAGAUUGGAAUGAUAUGUCCAAGUUUUUCCAGUAUGGAUGGAGAUGCACCACUAAUGAGAAUGCCUAUUCAAACCAUACCCUGAUGGGCAACUGGAACCAGGAAAGAUAUGACCUGAGGAAUAUCGUGCAGCCCAAACCUUUGCCUUCCCAGUUUGGACACUAUUUUGAAACAACAUAUGAUACCAGCUACAAUAUAAAAAUGCCACUUUCAACCCAUAGAUUUAAGCGAGAGCCUCACUGGUUCCCAGGACAUCAACCUGAGCUGGAUCCUCCUCGAUACAAAUGCACAGAGAAGUCAACUUAUAUGAGUAGCUAUUCAAAACCUCAAAUUGGACAUCACUCUGCAUGUGUGUGUAGUCAUAAUAACUGCCCAUUUCAGGGUCUAGGAUUCUAAGGAAAAAUAAGAAGCUUCCUUUUUCCACAGAAUACAAGGGGGAACAUGUUUUAAGCAAACCUAAGAAUUUGGCAAACUAUGGCAUAGUUUCACUCUCUGAAUAAAGCACAGAAAAUGUUCUCUACCCUCUUUUAGCUAAGUUUUGGAUGUCAAAUUUUUGUUCGUUUGUUUGUUUUUGUUUUAUUGAUUAUGCCAUUACAGUUGUUCUAUUCCCCCCUUCCUUCCCCUCCACCCUGCACCCCCUGCCCCCACCAUUCCCCCCCUUUAGUUUAUGUCCAUGUGUCACACUUAUAAGUUCUUUAGCUUCUACAUUUCCUAUACUACUCUUGCCCUCCCCCUGUUUAUUUUCUACCUACCAUCUAUGCUACUUAUUCUCUGUACCUUCUCCCGCCUUCUCCUCCUCCCACUCCCCUGUUGCUAACCCUCCAUGAGAUCUUCAUUUCUAUGGUUCACUCCUGAUCUAGCUGUCCUCUUAGUUUGCUUUUGUUUUAGGUGUGGUUGUUAAUAACUGUGAAUUUGUUGUCCUUUCACUGUUCAUAUUUUUUAUCUUCUUUUUCUUAGAUAAGUCCCUUUAACAUUUCAUAUAAUAAGGGCUUGGUGAUGAUGAACUCCUUGAAUUUGAUCUUAUCUGAGAAGCACUUUAUCUGUCUUUCCAUUCUAAGUGAAAGUUUUGCUGGAUAGAGCAAUCUUGGUUGUAGGUUUUUGGAUUUCAUGACUUGGAAUACUUCUUUCCAGCCCCUUCUUGCCUGUAAGGUCUCUUUUGAGAAAUCAGCUGACAGUCUGAUGGGAACUCCUUUGUAGGUGACUGUCCCCUUAGCUCUUGCUGCUUCUAGAAUUCUCUCCUUCAUUUUAAUCUUGGCUAAUGUAAUUGUGAUGUGCCUUAGUGUGUUUCUUCUUGGGUCCAACUUCUUUGGGACUCUCUGAGCUUCCUGGAUUUCCUGGAAUUCUAUUUCCUUUGCCAGACUGGGGAAGUUCUCCUUUAUUAUUUGUUCAAAUAAGUUUUCCACUGGUGGUUGUUCCUUUCCCCCUUCUGGUACCCCUAUAAUUCAGAUGUUGGAAAGUUUAAAGAUGUCCUGGAGGUUCCUAAGUCUCUUCUCACUUUUUUGAAUUCUUGUUUCUUCAUAUUUUCCUGUUUGGUCAUUUUUUCCUUCCUUCUGAUUCACUCCCUUGAUUUGAGUCCCAGUUUCCUUUUCAUCACUAUAGGUUUCCUGUGCAAUUCCAAUCAUUUCAAUUAGUUUAGCCUUCAUAUGUUCCUCUAAUUUGUGACUAAAAUCAACCAGUUCUGUGAGCAUCCUGAUGACCAGUGUUUUGAACUGUGCAUCUGAAAGUUUUGCUAUUUCUUUGUUGCUUAGAUUUAUGGGCUCUGGGGCUUUGAGAUCUUCUUGAGCCUUUUUUGGUUUGUUCGUGCCUGUUAAGUAUGAGGAGGGGAGCCUUAAGUGUUCACCGGGGCUGGGCCGCCCAGUUCGCUGGGUUGUGACGCUGUAUGUGGGAGCAGGGUCAGAGUGGGGAAAUGGCGGCCCCCCUCUGCUGCCUCUGGCUGCUGGGGCCUGCUCCGUACCAUCUCACUGCCCACUCCCUUGCUGGUCUAUCUGUGCACGAAUGUGCACCACAGUCAACCCGCCGCCCUGUGCCCUCACUGGGUCCGCAAGUUGUUCACUGGGUUGCUCACUGGGUCGCUCACUGAGUCCACCCAUUGCAAACCCACACCUGGGAUACGUGCACCUGAGUUCAUCUGACCGAGUUUUCCUGUGCAACCCUGCUCUGCCGGCUGCUGGCUUCGCCGCUCUUACCGGUCAGGCCGAAGGAUUUGUUGUUACCAGACUUCCGAAAAGUUCAAUUUUCUGUGUUCUGGCUGUGUAUUCUGUUGCUAAUAUUUUGUUGUCUCUAAACUUGGUUAUGUGAGAAAGCACGGCAUCUCUACCUAUGCCUCCAUCUUGGUGGAAGUCCUACUGAAUGUCAAAUUUAAGUCGAUUACUUUUAUUAGUUAUUCCUUAAGGAUGCUGUAGAAAGGCAAUAAAAAAUUAUCUUUCAAAUCUUCAACCAAUCUGAUCUUCCCUGUCUUCCAUCAGAGCAAAAUUUAGUAAAACUUAGGCUACAUUUGGCUAGAUGCUCUCUGGAUAUGAGUCUGAUAGACAUGGUCGGAUAGUGUAACUUUAAUGUGAUCUUAAUGAACAUUCCUCUUAAGGACUAGA